AUGGACCAAGCUCUUGCCGCGGGUGGAGCAACGUAUCUGCUCUCCUUCACGCUGUAUUUUGAACUGAUUAUUUAUUCAGGGAGAAAUUUGCCUGAAUAUACGUCUGGUUUGAUCGAUACUGCAUUUUCUCGCAUCCCAAAUGAGCGGCCUAGCUUGAACGAUCAACUCCCAUUUCAUGGAACGAUCCAGGAGCACAUACGUCUAAUCAAUUCAUGUCGGGCAACUUUGCAAGUUUUAAUCAAGGAUUACCGGCCCGAACUUAUGAACUCAGGCAGCGAGCCAAUUACUGGAGUACUCAUCGACUCAGUUGGCCAUGCCGUCGUCGGCAUGUUCCUGAACCCCCCCCUGCAACUGGAAACAAAUUUCUGCGCAUCAGAUCUUUGCAGACGAACACAGAAUGAGAUCCUCGCAGCCUUUGAACAUGUUACCGAAUCUAAUUUUAGAUAUGGACGGUCGAGAGAGUCUGGACGGAGGAACUGUACCGAGAUGGGAAGGAAAAAAAGGAAAGAGGUGAAAGUGGAUGCCGUCGAUUUUGGAUACGGUUUGUCCUCGGAUUUUGCUGAUGGUGGGAACCGGUUUCUUGUUGCGACGAGACAAGAUUCUCAUAAUGGGUUCAACGGUUGGCGUUGA